AAUAUCCUCGUGCGAGCAUGGCUGCGACCUCGGCCCACACCCACGGCGGCAGUGCGCGGUGUCUUCGUCCGCGAUGGGCAAUCCUGAUGUGCAUGGGCGUCCUCGUUGCUGUCCAGGUCCUUGUUACGGUCGUGGGCCUCUCGCACGGAGGGUACAUGUUUCGUCGCACGAUCGACACGAAUGCCGAACUCGAGGCGGACCUGUUGCACCUGAACUACCUGAACGACCUGUGCCUCCACGAGAACAAUUCUAUCAUUCCUUGGACAUACAACAACCCGAAGGAAGUCCGCACCGCGCAUUUGUUGUCGAAAGAUGCUCCGCUGGCCGAUCUCCUUGCCGAACUCUCGCGCUGCCCUGAAGUCGACAUCCUUCUCCCGGACCAUCUACACGGUCACGGGUACUGCGAAGAUGCCAUGGUGUACGUAAAGUUCCUGCACACUCGAUCGUUGCCGUUGUGGGUGUUUGAUCUCGAGUUAACACUUGACGGCCGCCGAAAGACGUACUUUGAUCUGUGUCCCGACUCGGCGAUCCUGUUUUUGAAUCACUUUUGGGAAGGCUUGCCCACUCGGCCAACGUUCCCUGAGAACCGCACGAUUUUACUGAUGCCCAAUGUCGAGAUGUACGAGUUGACGCGAGAGCACUACCACCAGGUCGACGUCGUGCUGGCCAAGACGCAGGACGCAUACGACCGCAUCACGUCAUGGUACGCAAGGGAGGGCAAUCCUCGGCAUGCACGCGUUUGGUUGACCCAACACACGUCGAGCGAUCCGACGGCGCUCGCGCGCGCGCAAGCCAAGACGUCUCCGUCCACGUUUGGCUCGAUCGCGCCCAAGAACUUUGACACGCUUCGCAUCUUCCAUGCAAAUGGCCACAGUUGGCAGAAGAACACACCCAAGAUCCUCGAUUGCUGGAACGAACGACCCGACUUGCCCAUGCUGCACGUGUACUCGAAGGACGAGCUGUCGAAUCAGACGUACUGGACGCAUUUCGGCAGCAAGCAGCCCGAGAAUUUGGAGUACCACUUGGGCGAAGACAUCGACCCGGCCGAAUUUGGCAAGCUGAUGGCGGAAGCAAGCGUCAUUCUGUGCCCCAGUACGAUGGAAGGCUUUGGCCACUACAUCAACCAGGCGAGAGCCGCCGGCGCGCUAGUGCUGACCACGAACGCGUCCCCGAUGAACGAAUUCGUUGACGCCACGUCCGGGAUUCUCAUCGAGGCGUCGGAGCGGCCGACGAACGGCAAGGUCUUGAUGGGGAAUGGGACGGAAUGGAACAUUGAGCCGCGUGCGAUUUGUGCAGGCAUGGACGAGAUCCUCGCCAUGACGCCCCGCGAACGACAGAGCAUGGCCGAGGAAGGCCGGCGGCGGUACUUUGACCAGCUUCGAUUCUUUCGAACGCAAAUGAAUGACCUCCGCGAGUGGUUGCGGAGGCGGCGACACAGUCACCAUCCACAGAACUAACGUGCCCAAUACACAACGUAGUCGAGUUUGAGUGGUC